CGCACAGCGCCGAAAUCAAAACGAACAGCGUUUUUUCGCCAAUUGUAGAGACUUGACCAAAAUCAAUCAGCAUGGCGAGCACGUUGGGCACGUAUGCCGCACCUCUUGUCAACGAUGCAGCCCGGGAUCUGGCUGACUCUAUCAUCAUCGCUGUGAAUACUACAUUUACCGUUGCCUCUCGAGUCUACAGCUCUAUUCCCGGCAGUAGAAUCUUUGCGAAAUAUGUGAAGGCUUCCUACCAAAAUGACCCCUAUCGUACGCUACUGGAGAUUUGCCUAGUGAUUUUCAUGAUAUGGUACUUUGGCGGGAAAAAACACAAGCCUGGAGAUGACGAGCUGCAACUAACUGAGAAGGAGAUUCAAGAGCUGAUCGACGAAUGGGAGCCUGAACCACUUGUUCCACCCCUUACGGAAGCCCAGCGUACCGAGCUGGACAAGAUCCCGGUUAUUUCUGGGUCAUCGGGAUCAAAGCUGAAGCUCGUUGACGGGAGAGAACGCAUCAAUUUGGCCAGCUUUAAUUUCUUAGGUGCCUUGAAUAAUGAAUCAACCAAGGACAAAGCCAUUGAGGCCUUGCGCAAAUAUGGAGUCGGCAGUUGCGGACCAUGUGGUUUCUACGGCACCAUUGAUGUUCAUAUUGAGCUUGAGCAAGAGAUUGCAAAGUUUAUUGGAGCCGAUGCUGCCAUCGUUUACUCGCAAGGGUUCUCCACGAUUGCCAGCGUCAUCCCAGCCUUUGCAAAGCGUGGGGAUAUUAUUGUCGCUGAUGCGGGCGUGAGUUUUGCUGUGCAAAAGGGUCUCCAGAUUUCCCGAAGCACCGUCAAGUACUUCAAACACAAUGACAUGGAGGAUCUUGAAAAAGUCUUGGAGGGUAUUCAACGGGACCAAAUCGAAAAAAAGAAACCUCUUACUCGGCGCUUCAUUGUUGCAGAAGGGCUCUAUGCGAACCACGGCGAUAUCUGUCCUUUACCCAAAUUGCUGGAGUUGAAGAACAAAUACAAGUACCGCCUAAUCUUGGAAGAAAGCUUCUCUCUUGGUGUUUUAGGAACUCGUGGUGCGGGUGUUUGUGAUCACUUUGGAGUAUCGGGUAAAGAAGUAGACAUUAUUGCUGCCACUUUCUCCAACGCUUUAAGUUCGUCUGGUGGAUUCUGUUGCGGAAGUAAGGAGAUCGUUGAGCACCAACGACUUGGAGGGCAAGCGUAUGUCUUCUCUGCGUCUCUUCCAGCCAUGUUGGCGGUUGCCGCCGUCGAAGGAAUCAAAUAUGCUGAGAGCCACCCAGAAGCGCUUGCUCGUCUCCGUGAAAAUGCUGUUGUUAUGCGCAGCACUCUUCUCAAGAAUGUCCAGCAGGUGCAAUGUGGUGGGGUGGAAGAUUCGCCCGUUGUGCACCUCCGGUUGCGGGACCAUCGCUUCCGUAAUAGGGAGGAUGAAGAACAAGCUUUGCAGGAGGUUGUUGAUGAAGCGUUGCGCAACGGCGUGCUAAUAACGCGGGCAAAAUACGUGAACGAUCAGGAACUCUUCCUACCUCCCCCCAGCAUUCGAAUUGCCGUGACUGCUGGUCAUAGUCGUAAAGAGGUGGAAAAGGCUGCAGCCAUCAUUGCGACUGCAGUCAAGAAGGUGUUGAAAGGCAGAAAGUAAUACCUACGACCAUUUAUGUAAUUUUAUUUGAAAUAGAUUGCUUGUAUGAAGCAUAUGCUGAGAAAGCUAUACACCGUCGCGAAAAGUCAGAAAUAGAAUAUUAUUUGAAAUGGA